AUGGCGUAUUUACUCUUGUUCUUCAUCUUCUUUGUCUUUCUCUUCCUUCUUAGAAAACUCCGUUACGGUAGACUCCGGCUACCGCCGGGGAGUCUCGGUUUACCGUUCAUCGGAGAAACCUUACAGAUGAUAUCCGCAUACAAGACUGACAAUCCAGAGCCUUUCCUCGACAGGCGAGUCAGCCGGUACGGUUCAGUCUUCACUAGCCAUGUUUUUGGUGAACCGACAGUUUUCUCGACUGAUCCGGAAACGAACCGGUUCAUUCUUACCAACGAUAAGCUUUUCGAAUGUAGCUACCCCGGUUCAAUAUCGAACCUUCUCGGAAAACACUCGCUGCUUCUCAUGAAAGGCUCUCUUCACAAGAAAAUGCAUUCUCUCACCAUGAGCUUCGCUAAUUCGUCCAUCAUUAAAGAUCAUCUUCUUUAUGAUAUAGACCGGCUCAUCCGGCUCAACAUGGAUUCUUGGUCCGACCGGGUUCUUCUCAUGGAAGAAGCUAAGAAGAUAACAUUUGAGUUGACAGUGAAACAGUUGAUGAGUUUUGAUCCAGAUGAAUGGACAGAGAGUUUAAGGAAAGAGUACAUGCUUGUAAUUGAAGGCUUUUUCACUAUUCCUUUUCCUCUUCUGUCUCCCACCUACCGCAGAGCAAUCAAGGCAAGAACGAAGGUGGCAGAGGCACUGACAGUAGUUGUGAGGAAUAGGAGAGAAGAGUUUGAGACAAAGGAAGAGAAAAAGAAUGACAUGCUUGGAGCAUUGUUGGCAUCAGGUCAACAAUUCUCGGACGAGGAAAUUGUUGAUUUUAUGUUGGCUUUGCUUGUAGCCGGUUACGAAACUACUUCUACUAUAAUGACUCUUGCUAUCAAGUUUCUCAAUGAGACUCCUUUGGCUUUGGCACAGCUCAAGGAAGAACAUGAACAAAUCAGAGCUAGGAGUGAGCCAGGGGCAGCACUUGAAUGGACAGAUUAUAAAUCAAUGACAUUUUCUCAAUGUGUUGUGAAUGAGACCUUAAGGGUGGCAAACAUAAUCGGUGCGAUAUUUAGGAGAACAACAACAGACAUCGAUAUAAAAGGUUACACUAUUCCUAAGGGAUGGACGGUGAUUGCAUCGUUUCGCGCUGUGCAUUUGAAUCCUGAAUAUUUCAAAGAUGCGCGCACCUUCAGUCCAUGGAGAUGGCAGAGUAAUAACAACUCAGAAGCUGUAGCAACCCCUGGGAGUGUAUUUACACCAUUUGGAGGAGGGCCAAGAUUGUGCCCUGGCUAUGAACUUGCCAGAGUUGUUCUUUCUGUCUUCCUUCACCGCUUUGUCACUCGCUUCAGUUGGGUUCCUGCUGAAAAAGAUAAGUUGGUGUUUUUCCCAACUACUAGGACGCAGAAGAGGUAUCCGAUUAUAUUGAAGCGGAGAGAAGAAUCGAGAUCAAACAUGGGAUUUGGGAGCACAGCAGAAACAGAAAGGCAAAAGGAGAGCUGA